UGCCCAGGGGUUCAGCCUCAGCCGACUGCCAGCCUGUCACUCUGUCUAGGAGGGACUAGACACGACUAACUCCUUGCACUCUUACUUCCUAUCACUGCAACAUCUCCCUCUCUCUGGCCGUCCAGAUAUUAUCCAGUCGAUAGUGCUCUGCCUCAGUGGGAAUCAACCAUUCUUCCCUACUAUUUCAUUUUACGCCCAACCUCAUCUUUCCCAUACCUUUCUAUUGCGAGAACCCCCUGACGUACUCAACCGGAUCACCGCCAGAACCCCGUGUUGCUCCCGUCUUGUGCAGCCCUCAACCACUACCCCGCGGGACCUUGAGGCAGCCAAGACCAGCAAACUUUCGCCUUGUGACGAUAUAACAAGAUGACUGCGGAAGAGAGCAGCUCUGCCCCAAAUGGAGAUGAAAGCCUCCACAACGACCACCCGGACGACACUAGCCAGAGUUCUGAUCUUGAAUCAAGCACCUCACAGGCCCCUGAAGAACUCGCAGCCGAGCUCGACUAUUUUAGAGGUCUUCUGGAACGGAUCAUGACCAUUGUCCGCAGCGGAGAUCAGGCGCGUGUUGCUCACUUGAUCUCCAUCAUUCGUGCCAAUCCCUCUGAUACCGACAUCUACGCUCUGCUGAACAACGAUCCUGCCAUCAAUGAUAUCCCCGAGGAUGAAGAUGACGAAAGCCCCAGGGAAGAGAACAAUUAGAGUGCUACUCGAGUCAUGUCUCCCAUGAAGUCAAAAUCGUGUUCGGCAGGGAUUCGUGAUAAACUCCUAUGGGCUAUGAGACGGUUUCUCUUCGGGUUGACCCUGGUUGACCGCA